AUGAUGAACGGAAGAGGAGAUGAUCAGUUGCUUCUACGGGAAAGACUCAGAGCUUACGAGAGUAUGUUUCAGUCUUUGAAUGAUAAUCGUUCUCCUUAUCCUUCUUUGUCAAAUUUGCAAAUCCUAGAAUCCAGUUUUGGAAGAUUGGGCGUCUCCGAUUCAAACGUUCGUCAACAACCGCUAAUUGACAAUCGUCGCAGCAAUCAAUCUCCUUUCCACGGUCGGGAUCAAGGUAUGAAUGGUCGUGAGUACUUGUUUCCUUUGGAUUAUCAGCAAGAAGCUCAACGAGAGCAUAUGAAUCAGUCGCAGAGAAUAUUGUUUCCGAGGAAUAAUUGUGCUAAUGGAUUUGGUUCUCACAAGCCAUUCAAUAAUGAUUUUCAUAAUGGUGUGAUGGGUUCUCCGCUAACUGGCUUCAACGGAAAUUCAGGGGUUGUUCCUUUUUUCCCAAGUCAUCAUUUAGAUCAAAACCCUUGGAGUUAUUCAUACGGUUAUGUGCCUCGAAUGGGAACUAAUCACGAUCCCUCCACUCUGAGUUACCCUAGGGCUACCACACUAUCGCGUGCUAAAGACCGCGAAGAGUCUAAACAGUUGCAAAACAUGUUUGCUGAGGGUUCAAGGGAAACAAUUGACAAAAUCUUUGAUGAUUUAAUCUCACAUGUUUGUGAACUGAUGAUCGACCCUUUUGGCCAUCAAGUCCUUCAAAAGCUUCUUGAGAAAUGCAACGAAGAACAGAUCACUCGGGUUUUGGAUACAGUCAUUCAACAACCUAUUCAGUUUGUAAGAAUUUGUGGCGAUUCACAUGGAACCCGUGCAACACAGGAUUUGAUGCGAUGCCUUUGUUCUGAUGAGCAAAUAUCACGCUUCAUCGCAACUAUAUGUCAUGUUGCACUUCUUUUGACCAAAAGCACCAAUGCGAACCAUGUGAUUUUGUUUUGCUUCAGCCAUUUUUCUCCUUCACAAAGCAAUCAUCUUCUUCAAGUGAUUGUUCAAAAUUGUUACCAAGUUGCAAUCGAUCAACAUGGAUGUUGUAUGCUUCAACAGUGCAUUGGAAAAUCUCCUCAAGAAAUAAGGGACCCUUUGAUUUCGGAGAUAAUCGCUAAUGCUCUGAGUCUAUGCGUGAACUGCUACGGAAAUUACGUGGUGCAAUAUGUUUUGGAGUUAGAAGAUUGUCGUGUAGCAGCUGCUCUCUCGAGAUAUCUCGAUGGGAAUUACGUUCAACUCUCUUGUGAUAAGUAUGGGAGUCACGCUGUGCAAAAAUGUUUGAAAAACAGACAAUUUAACUCGAGGAAGAUCAUAAACGAGCUGCUAAGUGACAUUGAUUCACUUCUUGUAAAUCCAUUUGGAAACUAUGUGAUUCAGACUGCAUGGGUUGUAUCUCAGGACGAUAUGCGAAAUGAGUUGUUGUACCAUAUAAACAAGAACCAUCCGUUCAUGAGGUGCAACAGAUACGGGAGGAAAGUACUUGAGAAACUCAAUCUUUGGGCAUAGGAUGGAUGACAUGUUGUCCAAAUAGAUGAAGAGGACUAUGAUUAACAAUUUGGUGUUUGGUGUUGUUUUUUCUUUGGUAUUGUUUUUACUUUGUUUGGCUUUGAUUCAGUGUUUGUCAGUGCUUUCUGUUGGUUUCCAUGUUGUGUUUUAGGUUUGUGUAGUAUAUGUCUCAUUAGUCAGGGUCACUCAAACCUGAUUUUGAGAGUCCUGUGUUGUCGUGCUUUUUGUAUCUGAAUCGUAUUUUAUUAUUGGUGUUUAUUUAUAUGUUUUUCCAUUUA